AUGGCUGCUGAAACAAUCGACGUUUCUCAAUCAGUUCUUCACGUUAACAUGAGCAACAUCACCAAGCUCACGUCCACGAAUUACCUGACCUGGAAAGUUCAGGUCCACUCACUGCUUGACGGAUACGAUCUUGCAGGCUUUCUCGAUGGCUCCAAACCAGCGCCUGCUCAAAGCACCACAACCAACGAUCAAGUUACCCCAAAUCCCGCAUAUGCAACAUGGCGCCGCCAGGACAAGCUCAUUUACAGUGGUUUACUCGGCACUCUCUGCUCCUCCAUUCAACCGCUGGUCUCCUCCACCACCUCCUCUCAAUCCAUGUGGAAAACGAUUGCCUCCACCUAUGCUAGCCCAAGCUGGGGCCAUAUUCAACAACUUCGGAUCCAACUGAAGCAAGCCACUAAAGGUGACAAAUCCAUUGAUGACUAUGUUCAAGGGUUCCUCAUUCGCUUUGAAAAACUCGCCCUCCUUGGAAAACCUGUCGACCAUCAGGAAACACUUGAAUACAUUCUUGAAGGCUUACCCGAAGAAUACAAAUCUGUGGUGGACCCAAUUGAAGGCCGUGAAACUCCUCCCUCUAUUUCUGAGAUUGUGGAAAAACUUCUCAACAGAGAAGCCAAGCUGCUUGCUGCCUUCUACUCUGUUUCUAAACCUGUCCCCAUCUCCGCUAAUGUUGCCUCUGGUCCUCAACCGUAUCAAGGCAAACAUCACCCCCGUCAACAACAACAUUGGAACAACAACAACAACAAUCAUCACUCCUCGUCUCGCCAGGAUUAUCGUGGUGCUAGAGGAUAUCAAGGGAAGUGCCAGUUGUGUGGAGUUUUUGGUCACAGUGCCAAACGCUGUCCACAAUUCCACAUGAACCAGUCCGGCUCUUCCAAUGCCCUGCUUCCCUCUCCGUUUCGUCCAUGGCAACCUCGCGCAAAUCUGGCUCUUGCUCCUCCUCAGUCCUCUGAUCCUUGGAUCAUGGAUAGCGGUGCCACUCACCACAUGACAAGUGACCUCCACAACUUGUCCCUUCAUCAUCCGUAUCAAGGUGGUGAUAGUGUCACUGUUGGUGACGGUUCAGCACUCUCCAUCAAACACACUGGUUCACUUUCACUACCCUCUACCUCUCGACCCUUAACUCUCAAAAAUGUCCUUUGUGUUCCUAAAAUUCAUAAAAACCUUAUCUCUGUCUAUCGUCUGUGUAAUGCUAAUAACGUUACGGUUGAAUUUGCUCCUGCUCAUUUGCAGGUGAAGGAUCUGAAGUCGGGGGUCCCGUUGCUGCAAGGCAAGGCUAGAGCUGAGCUUUACGAGUGGCCUACCUAUCCAUCUCCUAUCUCCUCAUUUUUUGCUUCGUCUUCCACCAAACCCUCCAUGGCUGACUAG